UGCAUAUUUUUGGCCGCCAACAUGGCCUAUCAAACAGGAUCAGCAUGCUAAGAAUUUAUCGAACUGAGCGUGGCUUAAAAGUCCUAAAGCGUGAGAAAAUGAGGAAAAUUCAUUUACUUUCAUUUGAGUGGUCUCUGACAACAGAAAGGAAACCUGGUCGAUAGCUAAGACCGUAGAGGUCCUAAUUUAGAGGGGUCAUGGGCAACUGCGCUCAAAAGGCGCUUGGAACAAGGUCCCUCCUGAGGGAGGACCAAGAUGAGGCAUGGAAGGCCCAAACACGAGGAAAACUUGAAAACAAACUUUACACGUUUGUGGACCUCAAAGGCCUAGGGGGCAGCACCGAAUUUGUAAAACUCUGGAAGGAAAGCGGCAAGUUAGGGUUUGUGAAAAAGCUUCAGGAUGAAAAAAUUCUAUUACCUUACUUAUAUGAACAAGGAGAAGGAAAAGUACUUACUGCUGAAGAACUCAAGGAAUGGCAGAACUCAGAGCCCGAAAGACACAGGACAACCGAAAGUCGCGAUGAUUCACUUCACGCACCUCGUAAAGCUUGCUGGUCUCUGGCACACCGUGGGACACUGGGGGAAACAGCGCUGCACCUGUGCUUCCUUACGAACAAUAAGACUAUGACAGAGAUGGCGCAUGCUCUGUUGGAAUUGUAUCCUGCAAUGGCACUGGACCAAUACGAAGGCCAUGAAUACCGUGGUGAAACGUCUGUUCACAUCGCGAUAGUAAAUGGAGAUCUGGAGUCACUAAAGCUUCUGAUUGAGAAAUGCAGUGCUGAUGUUCACGCACGCGCACGAGGGAGAUUUUUCAUGCCAGAAGAUUGCAAGGAUAAAAUGAAAACAGAGACAGAUUAUGAUGGUUAUGCUUACUACGGCGAGUACCCAGCAGCCUUUGCCGCAUGUUUCGAGAGAGAGGACAUGUACGAUUACCUUAUAAGGAAUGGCGCAGAUCCCAACAAGCAAGACACCUUUGGCAACACAGUGCUACACUUGUGCGUCAUACACAACAAAAUUGACAUGUUUCUUCACGCUACGCGAAGGAAGCACGUGAUCCCCGGCAAUACGUUCAUAAAAAAUGGCCAAGGACUUUCCCCCCUGACACUUGCUGCUAAAUUGGGACGAAAGGAAAUAUUUUAUGUAAUUCUCGAGCAUCGAAGCAUAGAAUACUGGACGUAUGGACGCAUGACAUGUUCGGGAUAUCCGCUGGAGGGUUUGGAUUCCAUUGACAAGAAUGGUAAAUCUGGUGAUGACUCAGCAUUACUUAUUACACUAAAUGGAAAGAAGGACGAUCAUUUGGACAUGCUGAACAGCGGUAUCAUAUAUCGCCUUUUGGAAGAAAAAUGGAAAGCUUUUGCGAAGGGCAAGUUCUACAGGCGACUGUUAUUCGCGGUGCUUUACCUUGUGGCUUUCAGUUUGGCCAUUUAUCUUCGUCCACGACAUCUUGAUCCCAAGAGAGUAGAGACUGGUACUGAUAGAUUUCGCGUUGUUGCUGAAGGCUUCACAGUUCUUGGUGCGUUUAUCUACUUGGUGCUGGAAAUCAAGGAUGUGUUGAUAACUCAAGGAGUUCAAGCACAGAUGAAAACUUUGCGUGACGCACCAGGCAAAGCGAUCUUUUUAGUAUCCUGUGUUCUUGUUAUCCUUGCGUUACCAUGCCGUUACCUCGGAGAACACCAGGCCGAGACUACCAUGUUAAUUCUUGCUGCUCCUAUGGCCUGGUGCUACCUGCUGUUUUUCUGCAGGGGGUUUGGAGCAAUCGGUCCUUUUGUAGACAUGAUAUACAGGAUGUGCGCUGGAGAUAUGACCAGGUUCUUCAUCAUUUAUAUUAUCUACGUGGUGGGGCUUGCACAAGCCUUCUCACACGUGAUGAAAGGGGUGAACGGAUUCACGAACGAAGGAUUUACCAUCAUGACGCUAAUGCGCAUGACAUUUGGCGAGUUUGACUUCUUCACGUUCGAGAAGUCCCGGCAUCCCGCACUGGCCAAGCUUUUAUUUUUCUACUUCAUGUUGUUCGUCACGGUUUUACUCAUGAACAUGUUGAUCGCCAUGAUGGCAAACACGUAUCAGAAUAUCUCAGACCGUUCGGCCAAAGAAUGGAGAAGGCAGUGGGCACAGAUUAUCAUGGUAUUAGAACGUUCAGUGAGCCCAUUGGAGCUGAAAAGGCUACAGGAUGACUACUCUGUUAACAUGGCAUCGGAAGGAAGCGAAGAAAGGCGAAGAGGAUUAAUGGUGAUCAAAAAGAGCAGCUUGCCAAGUAAAGCUGACAAAAGGAAAACCGCCAUCUUGAAUUGGCAGAUUCUUGGAAUUGACUCUGUGAAAAACAAACUUCAAGAACAGGCGAAAAAACGGAAUCUCACACCAGUAUCGACGUGAGCCUCACGUGAACAUCACGUGAUCAAAUCAGCACGCGGACACUAUGACGUGGACGUACAGAUGCGAGGUCGCUCGAUGAAAGAUGGGAUAGAUGGAAAUGUGCAUUGUUAUAAUACCUCGAUAAGACUUUCUCAAAACAAAAAUCGCUGAAAUAAGGCGAGAUUUAUUGAGGGAGAUAUGUCAUAAAAAUGGAUUGAGGAUGUAAAAGAGCAAAAAGAACAUUUUCAAAUUUGGGGAAAAGCAUAAAAUAAAGUGUAAUUUUUUAUUCUACACGGAGGCAAUUGAAAUGUCCUUUUUGCCUCGAUACUUAUAGUUAGCACUCAAUAUAAACUUCUUUCAGGGAAAUAGUUAUAUUUAAAUAAUAUAUGAUAACAUUUGUGAAGGAUACGCAGUACUCCACAAUUUUACAAUUUAAAUGUUGCAGCAAUUUGAUAUCGAGUUAUUUCAAAAAAAUUGAAUGACUCGCCAUUAAUGUACUUCUUAGGAAAUUUACAGUAAUAUGAUCAAUAUUUUUUUGUGUUUUAUCUCA